UAAGCCACAGUUGACUAGCAUUAACUAAUAGUUACAGGAUGACAAAGAUGGCGCUAAGGUGGCUAUGCAACCGCUUAAAUUUGACCUGUUUUGUGCCUCUGAACUCUGCCUUACGCAAUACAAAGUACCACACACGGGGUGCCGUACAAUACCUCUAACGCCACCACACAGCAGCCCUGGUUAAGACCGGGUCGUGUUAAACUUCAGUCCUCAUGGAGUCCUCUCAGUGCGGGUCCACGGCUCUGGAGCGCUUACCUUUCAACAACACCGCGCUGAAUAAGCUGCCGGUGGAUGACUCAAAGGAGCCCGGGUGUCGGACGGUACCAGCGGCAUGUUUCUCCCGAAUUCGGGCUCUUCAGCCGCUGGUACGUCCGACCUUCGUGGCCCAGUCCCAGUCAGCGCUGGCUCUGCUGGACCUGACGGUGCAGGACGUGCUGAGUAAUCCCCUGGGCCCGGAGUAUUUGAGCGGCUCCAGGCUGCUGCCGGGCUCCGAGCCGGCUGCGCACUGUUACUGCGGGCACCAGUUCGGCCUGUUUGCGGGACAGCUGGGAGAUGGAGCGGUGAUGUACCUGGGGGAGGUGGAGUCGGGCACCCACGGGCGAUGGGAGGUUCAGGUGAAAGGAGCAGGAGUCACACCUUACUCCAGAGAUGGUGAUGGCAGGAAAGUGCUUCGCUCCAGCAUCAGAGAGUUCCUGUGCAGCGAGGCCAUGGCCGCCCUGGGGAUACCCAGCACCCGUGCCGCCUCCCUUGUGACCUCUGACCUCUAUGUCAGCAGAGAUCCACUCAACAGUGGCAGACGCGUUCCCGAGCGCUGCUCCGUCGUCCUGCGGCUAGCCCCUUCCUUCAUCAGAUUUGGAUCUUUUGAGAUCUUUUUGGGCCGCGAUGAUUUCUCAGGCCUGCAGGGUCCUAGUGCAGGGCGGCAUGACAUCCGCGCUCAGCUGCUGGAUUAUGUCAUUGAGACUUUUUAUCCUUGCAUCCAGCAGACUCACAGCAACCGGAAAAACAGGAAUAUGGCUUUUUUCAGAGAGGUGAUGAUGCGAACUGCUAAACUAGUGGCCCAGUGGCAGUGUGUUGGUUUUUGCCAUGGCGUCCUUAACACAGACAACAUGAGCAUCUUGGGUCUUACUCUGGAUUAUGGCCCCUUUGGUUUCAUGGACAGAUUUGAUCCAGAUUUCGUGUGCAACACUUCGGACAAAAAAGGGCGCUACUCAUACCAAGCCCAGCCGUCUGUGUGCCGCUGGAACCUGGCUCGCCUGGCGGAGGCGUUGGGCUCUGAGCUGGAUGUGGCUCAGGCAGGGGCUGUCCUGGAUGAAUUCACACCCACAUACGAAGCCUUCUACCUGUGUAUCAUGAGGAAAAAGCUGGGCCUUGUGAGGAAAGAGGAGGCAGAGGACAGAGAGCUCAUAUCAGACCUGCUGCGUCUCAUGCACGACACUGGUGCAGAUUUCACCAACACCUUCCGUCUGCUGAGCCGUGUCCCCUGGCCUGAGGAGGGCCACAGUGAGAGGGCCACAGUGGGACAAGUAGUGGACCUCAUCCUUGAGCAGUGUGCCUCUAUUGAGGAGCUAAAGGUGGCUAAUAAGCCAACUAUGAAGGACCGUGAAUUGGCGAUGAUUCUGUCCAUGGCACAGACCAACCCAGUUAUGUUUGGGAUGGUGGCAGACACACCAGGUGUUUCCCAGCAACUGGAACGGAUGGGACGGCUAAAGGAGCUGCUCGAGACAGAUCAGGAUGAACUGAAGAGAAAGCAGCGUGAUGACUGGAUACGCUGGGUUAGCCGAUACAGGAGGCGUUUAGCCAGGGAGUAUGAUGGCACAGUGGACUUGUCUCUCAUCAAAAAGGAGAGGCUGAGCCUCAUGAACAGCACCAACCCUCGCAUUGUCCUACGCAACUACAUCGCCCAGAAUGCAAUUCAGGCUGCAGAAAAGGGAGACUUCUCUGAGGUCAACAGGGUCCUCAAAGUUCUGGAGAAACCAUAUUCUGAUGCAUUUGAGCUGGAGCCUUCAGAUGGACCUAAUGCCAGUGAACUGACUGUUGCCUAUGACAUGAAACCUCCUGCCUGGGCACAAAGAAUUUGUAUCACCUGAUCCUCUUAGAGCCUCCCAGACAGGUGAAGUAAAGAGGUCUGUAUGGUGGACCACAUAGGCCUUAGUUUUCAGGGCAAGAUGUCAAACAAGAUGUGGGUAGCUAGUCCUGUUAAUACUGCUCCUGUUCUCCACUUCCAAUGCAGACUUCUUUCCUACUUCCUGAAGGGUGGUUGAUAUAUAACCAGUGUGUUCCAGUGUUCAUCAGUAUGGUCAUAGGUCAUUAUUAUGUUUGUGUCAUAAUAAUGCUUUUAUUGCAGAGUUCAAAGCUAAGAGUAAUACACCAGCACAAAUACAGACAAUUUGGUGAUGAUAUUCAAAAUAUAUGCUCAAUGAACUUGCUGAUGAAGUAUGAUGGCUCAGAUGACCAGUCAACAAUGACCUGUCUGGGUCUGAAACACCAGGAACACACUGAUAUUAAUUAUUUACAGACAGUGCACUUAUAAGGUCAACAUGUCAGUACAGUAGUGUCAUAUAUGAGCAGUUCACAAUGUGUACCAUAAUUGAACUGUAGAUAGAAUAGAAAUGACAGUUUCUCAAAGUUUGAAAUAAAAGAUCAUGUGUUGUUAUCAUUA